GGGAAGCUAGUGGCAAGGCGUUCGAGGCAGCCUCGGGCUGGCUGGCGGCAGAGUCGGCUUGCUUGAGCCGAGAGCCUCGCUGCCCCCGCCGGAGAGAUGGUUGAGUCCUCCUCGUCAAGGUUGCUGUGGUAUCCCAGAAACGCCGUUCACUUGGAGCUGUGACCGCGCACCAUCAACACACACACACACACACACACACACACACACACACGCCGCUCCGCGCGAACUCCUCCACUGCGCCUUGGACCGAAGCGAGCAAGGAGGAGAGGAGGAGGAGGAGGAGGAAGAGGAAGAGGAGGAAGAAGAAGGGGUGGUGGGGCAACGGCGAAGGCAGGCGAGCAAGCCAGCCAGCCAGCCAGCAAGCCAGCAGUUCCUUCCUAUUGGGGGUGACGGCGUGGGGGGAAGCUCGUUCGCUCCGCUCGUUCGCCCGCUCGGAGGAGGAAAAGAUGCAAAGGAUUUCCUACUACUGCAAAGAGACCACCUGGCCAAGGAAAGCCGACGCCGUCGCCGCAGAUCUGGGGCAAAGGGGAUGUGGGAAAUGCGGCCGCCCGGACUUGUGCAAAAUCUUGAGCAAAAUCAUGGGGAUUAAAAGUGGAUUUACCUUGGGGAACCUCGUCUUUUUCUGGAUGCUCUCCUCUGUGAAAGGAUUUAUUUAUACAUGUGGUGGAACUUUAAAAGGACUCAAUGGAACUAUAGAAAGUCCAGGCUUUCCGUAUGGAUAUCCAAAUGGUGCAAACUGUACGUGGGUCAUAAUUGCAGAAGAAAGAAAUAGAAUACAGAUAGUAUUUCAGUCUUUUGCUCUAGAAGAAGAAUAUGACUAUUUAUCAUUAUAUGAUGGGCAUCCUCAACCAGCAAACUUCAGGACAAGGUUAACAGGAUUUCAUCUUCCUCCACCUGUGACCUCCACAAAAUCUGUAUUUUCAUUACGAUUAACCAGUGACUUUGCAGUGAGUGCUCAUGGAUUUAAAGUAUAUUAUGAAGAGUUACAGAGCAGUUCUUGUGGAAAUCCUGGAACUCCAUCCAAAGGUAUUUUAUCUGGAACGCGUUUUGAUGUUGGUGACAAAAUCCGAUAUAACUGUGUGACUGGCUACAUACUGGAUGGUCAUCCUCAGCUUACCUGUAUUUCCAGUUCAGUAAAUACAGCAUCCUGGGACUUUCCAGUUCCUAUCUGUAGAGCGGAAGAUGCAUGCGGAGGAACAAUGAGGGGAUCCAGUGGUGUCAUCUCUAGUCCUAAUUUUCCAAAUGAGUACCAUAAUAAUGCAGACUGUACAUGGACAAUUGUGGCAGAACCUGGAGACACCAUCUCACUCAUCUUUACGGAUUUUCAUAUGGAAGAGAAAUACGAUUACCUGGAAAUAGAAGGUUCUGAACCACCCACAAUAUGGUUAUCUGGAAUGAAUAUCCCACCUCCAGUUAUCAGCAACAAAAACUGGCUAAGACUUCAUUUUGUAACAGACAGCAACCACCGAUAUCGUGGAUUUAGUGCUCCUUAUCAAGGUUCUUCUUCCACUUUGACCCAAACUGACUUCACUGGUGAGUUAGAGGAACAUAUUGCGGCUACCGGUGGUGAUAAUACCUUUGCUAGCACAUCUGCUGAUGUUACUGUAUCCAGUCUUACUGCUAUCACCAGCCAUAGAGUUUCCGAAGAGCAGCGAGGGCAAGCCGUGAAUCUCAGAAACUCAGAUCUGGAGCUCACCACUUUCAAGGACUCGCUCUCCCUUCAAUCAGCAAAUACGCAAAUUGCAAGAAGACGGCCAAGAAAUGCUGAGCAGAUAGAAAGAACUAACUCGCUUGCAGUUGUUACACAUAGAGUGAAAAAGGCCAUAGAUUUUAAAUCUAGAGGAUUUAAAUUGUUUCCAGGGAAAGACAACAGCAACAAGUUUUCUAUCUUAAAUGAAGGAGGUAUCAAACAGGCAUCAAAUUUGUGUCCAGAUCCUGGAGAACCUGAGAAUGGAAAACGAAUAGGCUCAGACUUUAGCUUGGAUUCAACAGUGCAGUUUUCUUGUGAUGAGGACUAUGUGCUACAGGGGGCAAAAAGCAUUACCUGCCAAAGGAUAGCGGAAGUUUUUGCAGCAUGGAGUGAUCACAGACCAGUGUGCAAAGUAAAGACAUGUGGAUCUAAUCUACAGGGACCAGGUGGCACAUUCACAUCCCCCAAUUUUCCUUUCCAGUAUGACAGCAAUGCUCAGUGUGUUUGGGUUAUCACAGCCAUCAAUCCAAAUAAGGUUAUUCAAAUUAAUUUUGAAGAAUUUGACCUGGAAAUUGGCUAUGACACACUAACAAUUGGGGAUGGAGGUGAAGUAGGUGAUCCUAGAACUGUGCUCCAAGUAUUAACAGGAAGCUUUGUGCCGGAUUUAAUCGUUAGCAUGAACAAUCAGAUGUGGCUGCAUCUUCAGACUGAUGAAAGUGUGGGCUCAGUUGGUUUCAAAGUUAACUACAAAGAAAUUGAAAAAGAAAGUUGUGGAGAUCCAGGAACACCACUGUACGGCAUCAGAGAAGGAGAUGGGUUUUCCAAUCAUGAUGUGUUGAGGUUUGAAUGCCAGUUUGGAUUUGAAUUGAUUGGAGAAAAAACUAUUGUUUGUCAAGAGAAUAACCAGUGGUCAGCAAACAUACCUAUAUGCAUUUUUCCUUGCCUAUCUAAUUUCACGGCACCGAUGGGAACUGUUCUUUCUCCUGACUAUCCAGAAGGAUAUGGGAAUAAUUUGAAUUGCAUCUGGACAAUCAUCUCAGACCCUGGGAGUCGCAUUCAUCUCUCUUUCAAUGAUUUUGACCUGGAAUCUCAAUUUGACUUUCUUGCAAUUAAGGACGGUGAUUCUCCAGAUUCUCCAAUACUUGGCACAUUCACUGGAGCUGAAGUGCCAUCCCAUCUGACUAGUAACAGCCACAUUUUACGCUUGGAAUUUCAAGCUGAUCAUUCAAUGUCAGGCCGAGGAUUUAAUAUCACCUAUAACACAUUUGGACAUAAUGAGUGUCCUGAUCCUGGUAUACCAAUCAAUGCACGUCGGUUUGGAGACAAUUUUCAACUCGGAAGUUCUAUCUCUGUGAUUUGUGAAGAUGGUUUUAUUAAAACUCAAGGAACUGAAACAAUUACUUGUGUUUUGAUGGAUGGUAAAGUCAUGUGGAGUGGACCUAUCCCUAAGUGUGGAGCUCCAUGUGGUGGACAUUUUGCAGCCCCCAGUGGAGUCAUCCUUUCUCCAGGCUGGCCUGGCUAUUAUAAAGACUCCUUGAAUUGUGAGUGGGUGAUUGAAGCAGAACCAGGACACUCUAUCAAAAUUACAUUUGAAAGAUUCCAGACAGAACUCAAUUAUGAUGUUCUUGAAGUACACGAUGGACCAAAUCUUUUGUCACCACUUCUUGGAUCUUACAAUGGUACACAAGUCCCUCAAUUUUUAUUCAGUAGCAGCAAUUUCAUUUAUCUCUUGUUUACAACAGAUAACAGUCGAUCUAAUAACGGAUUCAAAAUCCACUAUGAAAGUGUAAUGGUUAAUACCUACUCUUGUUUGGACCCUGGUAUACCUGUACAUGGUCAUCGUUAUGGGCAUGAUUUUUCCAUUGGAUCAACUGUGUCAUUUGGAUGUGACCCAGGCUAUAGACUAAAUCACGAGGAGCCUCUGCUUUGUGAAAAGAACCACUGGUGGAGCCAUCCGCUUCCAACUUGUGAUGCUCUGUGUGGAGGGGAUGUUAGAGGACCUAGUGGAACUAUUCUGUCUCCUGGUUAUCCUGAACUAUAUCCAAAUUCAUUGAAUUGCACAUGGACUGUGGAUGUAACACAUGGAAAAGGAGUGCAGUUCACCUUUCACACCUUCCAUUUGGAAGAUCAUCAUGACUACCUUCUAAUCACAGAGAAUCGCAGCUUCACUCAACCACUAGCACGCCUGACUGGUUCAGAACUUCCAUCUCCAAUCAAUGCUGGUCUCUAUGGAAAUUUCAGGGCUCAAUUGCGCUUUAUUUCUGACUUUUCAAUAUCUUAUGAAGGAUUUAAUAUUUCUUUCUCGGAAUACAAUCUAGAACCAUGUGAGGACCCUGGGACACCUCAAUUUGGAAGUAGAAUUGGAUUUAACUUUGAAGUAGGAGAUACUCUUACUUUCUCCUGUUCUUCUGGAUACCGCUUAGAGGGAGCUUCAGAAAUCAUCUGCCUUGGUGGUGGCCGAAGAGUGUGGAGUGCACCUCUGCCCAGGUGUGUGGCUGAAUGUGGAGCUUCUGCCACCACUAAUGAAGGAAUAUUACUGUCCCCCAAUUAUCCCCUCAACUAUGACAACAAUCAUGAAUGUAUUUACAGCAUUCAGGUGCAAGCAGGGAAGGGAAUUAAUAUUUCUGCCAGAACAUUCCAUUUAGCACAAGCAGAUGUUCUUAAGAUAUACGAUGGGAAAGAUAAUACAGCACAUUUGCUGGGUGCAUUUACUGGAGCUUCUCUAAGAGGACUAACACUGAGCAGUACUUCAAAUCAUCUUUGGCUUGAAUUUAAUUCAGAUGCUGAGGGUACAGAUGAAGGAUUUCAGCUCGUAUAUACCAGUUUUGAACUUUCUCACUGUGAGGAUCCAGGUGUUCCACAAUUUGGAUACAAAAUCAGUGACCAAGGCCAUUUUGCUGGCAGCACUAUCAUUUAUGGAUGUAAUCCUGGUUACACUCUCCAUGGGAGCAGUCUUCUAAAAUGCAUGACUGGAGAAAGGAGAACUUGGGAUUAUCCCCUGCCAUCUUGUAUCGCUGAAUGUGGAGGUCGUUUUAAAGGAGAAUCUUCUGGAAGAAUCUUGUCCCCCGGCUACCCCUUUCCUUAUGAUAAUAAUCUGCGUUGUACGUGGAUAAUCGAAGUAGAUCCAGGAAACAUUGUCAGCCUCCAAUUUCUGGCAUUUGAUACUGAAGCCUCACAUGAUAUCCUACGUGUCUGGGAUGGACCCCCUGAAAAUGACAUGCUGUUGAAAGAAAUUAGUGGCUCACUUAUUCCAGAAGGCAUCCACAGCACUCUAAACAUAGUGACAAUACAAUUUGACACAGACUUCUAUAUCAGCAAAUCUGGAUUUGCCAUUCAGUUUUCAAGCUCUGUGGCCACGGCCUGUCGAGAUCCAGGUGUCCCUAUGAAUGGAACCCGUAAUGGAGAUGGAAGAGAACCUGGGGACAUGGUGCUAUUUCAAUGUGAUCCUGGCUAUGAGUUGCAAGGAGAUGAGCGAAUAACCUGCAUUCAGGUAGAAAAUCGGUACUUCUGGCAGCCCAACCCACCAGUCUGUAUAGCACCUUGUGGAGGCAAUCUGACGGGAUCAUCAGGUUUUAUUCUUUCGCCAAAUUUCCCACAUCCUUAUCCCCAUAGCAGAGACUGUGACUGGACUAUUACUGUUAAUAAUGACUAUGUAAUAUCAUUAGCUUUUAUUAGCUUCAGCAUAGAACCAAAUUAUGACUUUCUCUACAUCUAUGAUGGGCCAGACAGCAAUAGCCCAUUAAUUGGAAGUUUUCAAGAUAGCAAAUUGCCAGAGAGAAUAGAAAGCAGUUCAAACUCAAUGCAUCUGGCUUUUCGAAGUGAUGGAUCUGUUAGUUUUACUGGGUUCCAUUUGGAAUAUAAAGCCAAGUUACGUGAGUCAUGCUUUGAUCCUGGGAAUAUCAUGAAUGGUACAAGACUUGGAAUGGAUUAUAAACUAGGAUCAACAGUCACAUAUUAUUGUGAUGCUGGCUAUGUUCUUCAAGGAUACUCUACACUUACUUGUAUCAUGGGAGAUGAUGGAAGACCUGGAUGGAACAGAGCCUUACCUACUUGUCAUGCACCUUGUGGAAUACGUUCCACAGGUUCUGAAGGAACGGUUUUAUCACCAAACUACCCUAAAAACUAUAGCAUAGGACAUAACUGCAUUUACUCGAUUGCAGUUCCUAAAGAAUUUGUGGUUUUUGGCCAGUUUGUAUUUUUCCAGACAUCUCUCCAUGAUGUGGUUGAAGUAUAUGAUGGGCCAACUCAGCAAUCAUCUUUAUUAUCUUCACUAUCAGGAUCACAUUCAGGAGAAUCCCUUCCACUGAGCUCAAGAAACCAGAUAACUGUACGAUUUACUUCAGUCGGACCUGUUACAGCCAAAGGAUUUCACUUCGUUUAUCAAGCGGUUCCAAGAACAAGUUCAACGCAGUGCAGUUCAGUGCCUGAACCACGAUUUGGAAAAAGGAUUGGAAAUGAAUUUGCAGUUGGUUCGUUGGUUCUUUUUGAGUGUAAUCCAGGCUACAUACUCUAUGGGUCAAUAGCAAUUAGAUGUGACACGGUGCCCAAUGCAUUGGCACAGUGGAACGAUACCCUUCCUACAUGUGUUGUGCCCUGUGGAGGUAUUUUAACUAAACGUAAAGGAACAAUUUUGUCUCCGGGAUACCCUGAGCCAUAUGACAACAAUCUGAAUUGUGUGUGGAAGAUCACAGUGCCAGAGGGAGCUGGGAUUCAGGUACAAGUGAUAAGUUUUGCAACAGAGCAUAACUGGGACUCUUUAGAUUUUUAUGAUGGUGCUGAUAACAAUGCUCCGAGACUUGGAAGCUACUCAGGAACCACAAUACCUCCACUUCUUAAUAGUACAUCCAACAAUUUGUACUUAAAUUUUCAGUCAGAUAUUAGUGUGUCGGCUGCUGGCUUUCAUUUAGAGUACACAGCUAUAGGUUUGGACUCCUGCCCUGAACCUCAGAUCCCAAAUAGUGGAAUUAAGAUUGGAGAUAGAUACAUGGUGGGAGAUGUCGUUUCCUUCCAGUGUGACCAGGGAUAUUCUCUCCAGGGACAUUCACAUAUCACCUGCAUGCCUGGACCAGUGAGAAGAUGGAAUUAUCCUAUUCCGAUUUGCUUAGCGCAAUGUGGUGGUUCCAUGUCAGACUUCAGUGGUGUGAUCCUUAGCCCAGGAUUUCCUGGGAAUUAUCCCAGUAGUUUGGAUUGUACAUGGACUAUCAAGCUUCCUGUUGGGUUUGGUGUGCACUUGCAAUUUGUAAACUUUUCAACGGAGACAAUCCAUGAUUAUCUGGAAGUUAGAAGUGGAUCACCUGAUGUUAGCACCGCAAUUGGUAGACUCAGCGGAACUCAGCUCCCUUCUUCCCUUUUCAGUACAACGCAUGAAACCAGCUUAUAUUUUCACAGCGAUUAUUCUCAGAACAAACAAGGAUUUCAUAUUAUGUAUCAAGCAUAUCAAUUGCAAAGUUGUCCUGAUCCACGUCCCUUCCGAAAUGGAUUUGUUAUUGGAACUGAUUUUACUGUAGGACAGACUGUUUCAUUUGAGUGUUUUCUUGGAUACACUUUAAUUGGAAAUUCAGCCCUUACUUGCCUUCAUGGAAUUAGUCGUAACUGGAACCAUCCUCUUCCAAGGUGUGAAGCUCUUUGUGGAGGAAACAUAACUGCUAUGAAUGGUACAAUAUAUUCACCUGGCUAUCCUGAUGAAUAUCCAAAUUUUCAAGACUGUUUUUGGCUUGUAAGAGUACCACCAGGAAAUGGCAUUUAUAUCAAUUUUACUGUUCUUCAAACAGAACCAAUAUAUGAUUUUAUAACAGUUUGGGAUGGACCUGAGCAAAAUUCACCACAAAUUGGUCAAUUUAGUGGCAACACUGCAUUGGAAUCUGUCUACAGCACCUCAAACCAGGUUCUAAUAAAGUUCCAUAGUGAUUUUACAACAAGUGGCUUCUUCGUCCUUAGUUACCAUGCAUAUCAACUUCGAGUGUGUCAACCUCCACCUAGUGUACCUAAUGCUGAAGUUCUGACUGAGGAUGACGAAUUUGAAAUAGGGGACAUAAUAAGGUACCAGUGUCUACCAGGUUUUACAUUAGUUGGUAAUGAAAUUCUGACAUGUCGACUAGGAGAGAGAUUGCAGAUGGAUGGCACACCACCUUCUUGCCAAGUAUUGUGUCCUGCAAAUGAAUUGCGCCUUGAUUCAACUGGAGUGAUCCUGAGCCCAGGCUACCCAGAUAGCUAUCCAAACCUUCAAAUGUGUGCUUGGACCAUUACAGUGGAAAAGGGUUACAAUAUCAGCCUUUACUAUGAAUUCUUCCAGACUGAAAAAGAAUUUGAUAUACUUGAGGUGUUUGAUGGACCAAAUAGUCAUAGUCCAUUGCUCAUCUCCUUAAGUGGAGAUUAUACCUCCUCUCUCAAUAUAACAAGCACUGGCCAUGAAGUAUUUCUCCGAUGGUCAGCAGACCAUGGUACCAACAAAAAAGGUUUUAGGAUAAGAUACAUAGCUGUUUACUGCAGUACUCCAGAGUCACCACCUCACGGUUUCAUUGUAAGCCAGACAGGAGGGCAACUCAACAGCAUGGUUCGCUGGGCUUGUGACCGAGGAUUCCGUCUCGUUGGGAAAAGUACUGCUGUGUGUAGAAAAUCUCCCCUUGGAUACUAUGCAUGGGAUGUACCUGUACCAGCCUGUCAAGCGAUCUCCUGUGGAAUUCCAAAAGCUCCAUUAAAUGGUGGGAUAUUAACUACAGAUUACUUAGUAGGCACGUACGUUACUUACUUUUGCAAUGAUGGGUACCGGCUAUCCUCCAAGGAACUAACUACUGCAUCCUGCCAGCCAGAUGGCACAUGGAGCAACCAUAAUAAAACACCUCGCUGUGUAGUUGUUACCUGCCCAAGCAUUAAUUCAUUUACCCUGGAACAUGGAAGGUGGCGAAUAGUGAAUGGUUCUCACUACGAGUACAAAACAAAAGUAGUUUUUAGCUGUGAUCCUGGCUACCAUGGAUUGGGACCAGAAUCCAUUGAAUGUCUUCCUAAUGGAACUUGGAGCUGGAGAAACGAGAGGCCAUACUGCCAAAUUAUUUCCUGUGGAGAACUUCCUACACCUCCAAAUGGGAAUAAAAUUGGAACACAGAUUACAUAUGGCUCGACUGCUAUCUUUACUUGUGACCUAGGAUUCAUGCUGGUGGGUUCAGCAGUAAGAGAAUGUCUCUCUUCUGGACUAUGGAGUGGAACUGAAACAAGAUGCUUAGCGGGUCAUUGUGGAAUUCCAGAUCUUAUCGUUAAUGGUCAGGUGAUUGGUGAAAAUUAUGGAUAUAGAGAUACUGUUGUAUAUCAGUGCAGUCCUGGCUUUCGGCUCAUUGGUUCUUCUGUACGGAUAUGCCAGCAAGAUCACAACUGGUCUGGUCAGCUUCCAUCCUGUGUGCCUGUCAGUUGCGGUCAUCCAGGGAGCCCAAUUUAUGGACGGACAAGUGGGAAUGGUUUCAAUUUCAAUGAUGUUGUGACAUUCUCUUGUAAUACUGGCUAUGUUAUGCAAGGACCAACAAAAGCCCAGUGUCAGUCAAAUAGGCAGUGGAGUCAACCACCACCUAUAUGCAAAGUGGUCAACUGUUCGGAUCCAGGAAUCCCUGGAAAUUCUAUAAGAGAAAGCAAAAUAGAACAUGGAAAUUUCACCUACGGUACAGUUGUUUUUUAUGACUGCAGUCCUGGAUAUUUUUUAUUUGGUUCUUCAAUUUUAGUCUGUCAACCUAAUGGACACUGGGAUAAACCUCUGCCAGAAUGUAUUAUGAUUGACUGCGGUCAUCCUGGCAUUCCUCCAAAUGCGAUUCUUUCUGGAGAGAAAUACACAUUUGGAUCUACUGUUCAUUAUUCUUGUUCAGGAAGGAGAUCAUUAAUAGGCCAGGCAUCCAGGACAUGCCAAUUAAAUGGACACUGGAGUGGAACAAUGCCUCAUUGCUCAGGUGACACAACAGGGACCUGUGGGGAUCCAGGAAUCCCAGGCCAUGGUUCUAGAGAACAAAGUAAUUUUAGAACUAAAAGUGUUGUACAGUUCUCUUGUGAGCUUGGUUACAUCCUUCAUGGAUCAGAGGAAAGAACUUGUUUAGCAAAUGGAAGUUGGACAGGAAGGCAACCUGAAUGUAAAGCUGUUCAGUGUGGUAACCCUGGAACAACAGCUAAUGGGAAAGUGUUUCAAAUUGAUGGCACAACAUUCUCUAGUUCUGUGAUUUAUUCCUGCAUGGAAGGCUAUAUUCUGUCUGGACCUUCUGUACGGCAAUGCACUGCCAAUGGGACGUGGUCUGGUUCCUUGCCAAAUUGUACAAUAAUCAGUUGUGGAGAUCCAGGAAUACCAGCCAAUGGAUUGAGAUAUGGGGAUGAUUAUGUAGUUGGACAAAAUGUUACUUUUAUGUGUCAACCUGGGUACACAAUGGAAGCCAACAGUUCCAAAAUUCGUACUUGUACUAGUAAUGCCACAUGGAGUGGAAUGCUGGCAACUUGUAAAGCUGUUACCUGUCCAACUCCACCCCAGAUUUCUAAUGGAAAACAGGAAGGAAUAAAUUUUGAUUGGGGAUUUAGCAUUAGUUAUGUCUGCUCACCUGGCUAUGAAUUAUCAUUUCCUGCUGUUUUGACUUGUGUUGGGAACGGAACAUGGAGUGGUGAAGUCCCACAGUGCUUACCGAAAUUUUGUGGUGAUCCAGGAGUACCCGCUCAAGGCAAAAGGGAAGGCAAAAGCUUUAUUUAUCAGUCAGAAGUCUCCUUCAGUUGUAAUCUUCCAUUUGUGUUGGUUGGUUCCAGCACUCGAAUAUGUCAAGCAGAUGGUACAUGGAGUGGAUCAUCUCCCCGUUGUAUAGAACCUACUAGGACAGCCUGUGAAAACCCUGGGGUUCCUCAUCAUGGAUCGCAAAACAACACCUUUGGUUACCAGGUAGGCAAUAUUGUGCAGUUUCACUGUAGAAAAGGCUACCUGCUUCAAGGGUCUACAACUCGAACCUGCCUUCCUGAUCUUACAUGGAGUGGGAUUCAACCCGAAUGCAUUGCUCACAGCUGUAAGCAGCCCGAAUCUCCAGCUCACACAAAUGUUGCAGGAAUGGAUCUUCCAUCCCUCGGUUAUACCUUGAUAUAUACAUGCCAACCCGGAUUCUUUCUAGCAGGAGGAUCAGAACACAGAGUCUGUAGGUCUGAUGGUACAUGGACAGGGAAGGUUCCUUUCUGUGAAGCUGGUUCCAAAAUUUUGGUGAAAGAUCCUAGACCUGCUUUGGGAACACCAAGCCCCAAAUUAAAUGUUCCUGAUGAUGUGUUUGCUCAGAAUUACAUAUGGAAAGGAUCCUACAAUUAUAAAGGCAAAAAGCAGCCAAUGACCUUGACUGUUACUCAUUUCAAUGCAUCAUCUGGAAGAGUGAAUGCGACCCUUACUAAUAGCAAUAUGGAGUUGUUGCUUUCAGGGUUGUAUAAAAGUCAAGAAGCCCGUUUAAUGCUCCAUAUAUAUCUCAUUAAAGCACCAUACCAUACUUCUGUGAACAAACUGAAAGACGACAAAUGGGCAAUGGAUGGCUUUGUUUCUGCAGAACCUGAUGGUGCAACUUACGUUUUUCAAGGAUUUAUUCAGGGUAAAGAUUAUGGUCAGUUUGGACUUCAAAGAUUAGGACUUAAUACGUCUAAAGGAUCAAAUUCAUUAAAUCAAUCACAUGGUACAAACAGCAGUUCUGUGGCCAUUGCUAUUCUCGUGCCUUUUUUUGCCCUUAUUUUAGCAGGCUUUGGAUUUUACCUUUAUAAACAAAGGACUGCACCGAAAACACAGUAUACUGGUUGCUCUGUACAUGAAAAUAACAAUGGACAAGCUGCUUUUGAAAACCCCAUGUAUGACACCAACGCAAAGUCUGUCGAAGGGAAGGCUGUGCGAUUUGAUCCAAACCUGAACACAGUUUGCACAAUGGUAUAACAUUGCGAUGACCUGACUGCAGUGGUUUGAAGAUUGAAACGCGGUCGUAGUGGACCUAUCGUUCACUGGUUUUUAAAAGAAAAAAGAAAAAGAAAAGCACAUUUUUCAGGAUUUCCUGGAUCACCUUCUCCUGAGGAUGAGACAGAGACUAGAGUGGGUUUCUUUUUUUCAUAAAUAUAUAUUGACUUCAUGGUUACUGUGGAGUAUUUUACAGAACGUCUGCUGCACUCCAUGAGUGCUUAUUCACAGUUUAUUUGCUUUUUUAAAAAAGAAGAUUAUUCUAAAAAAAAUAAUAAUAAAAUAAAAUAAUAACAUAUUUGCAUAUAUUGGAGGAGCAUCCACUAUCAGUACGUCUGUGCUUUAUAAACUGCUAGAGGGACUGGAUUUCAAAGAACAAAUUAUAUGUGAUAGGAAUUAAGAGUUAUAUUUACAGGAGACAGCAAGAGCCUAUGGCUUCUCUUUAUUAGCCACAGGCAAAACCAUUCCAUCAUAUCUGGUCUUUAAUAACAUUUUCCUCUCCUCUCUCCCUCUCUACUAACUAUGAAUUUCUGAGAUUAUGCCAUGAUCAUUAACGUGCUUAAGCUUGCAAGCACAACCCAUUAUUUCUGAGCCACAAUGGGAUAAUUAAGUGUCUGGUCUCAGAUUCUUUUUAAUUCACGAGUUUCAUUCCCUGCUCUGUUGUUCUUGUCAUGCAAGCAUCUUUUCUUUUUCUUCAUGUUAUCUGUCCCGAUAGUGAUCAAUUUGCCAGCAAUAGAAUAAGAUUUGAGAAACGGCACAACUGCAAUUAUCUUGGUUGCUGAGAUCUAUUACAAAGGUAUAUGUAUUUCACAUUGCCCCUCCUUUUCCCAGUAAUUCAAUUUUCUCCAAGUGAACAAAUGGCAGAUUAGAGUAGCAUCACACUUCUAGACAAUGAAGGUGCCUAAAUGGUACAUUUCCCAUCCCACUCUAUCAUCCACUUCAUCAAUUUUAUUUCUACGCUGCAUUAAAUGCUGGAGACAGACGUGAUCAUCAUGGUGCCAUCAACCUGCAGUCACAAAAAUGUAGAUUUCAACUCAUCAAUGCAUUUCUCAAAAUUUCCAGGGCUUCCCUGUUCUAAGAUAGGGAACAGCAAGAUACGUACUUAUGGAAUAUGCCUGUGAAAUUUUUCGUCCCACAGAAAAAAACCCACAAUCUGCGUGCAUCAGAUUAUACUGUACACAGAUUUCUGGAUUAAGGAUUAAUCUCUUAGCGUUGCGCUCCCUUUUUUUUAUUGAGAAGUACAUGUUUUCAAGAGUGAAUUUAUCCUAAUUAAAAGAAAUUAAUUUCCUCUUUAAUUUCCUUACAUCUGCAAUCCAGGUCUUGGUUAAAAAAAAAAUCAUCACCGACUUCUAUCAUUUUGCAUGAUAAGGAAUUUGUCAUGAGUUUGCCUGAUUCUUAAAUAUAGCCUAUGAUUUACACAUAAAUGUGUACCUUUUUGUCAAUGUUAUAAUGUACAUUCUGUGUGGAAGAAGGUAAUUUUGGCAUUACAAUGUUUGUGUCAUUAUUAUAUGCUGUGCCAAGAAAUAAUGGGUUUCAGUAAGUGCACUGAAUGUUGUGCCAAAGCAAUGCCACAUAUUACUAUAGGUACAAAGGGUGCUGCCAACACAAAUAUUUUAAAUGAAGGCUUUAUAAUCCAGUUCACAAGCCUAUUAAGCCAAAGUGCAAUCAAUUACAAUUGAAUGGGUCUGUUCAAUUCCAAUUAGGAGGUUAUUUUCCUAACUGUUUUAAGGUUCAACAAAUUCUGCUUCAUAUUAAUUUGGGAAGUUUGUUUUCAAAUGUACUUUAGAAUUUAUGUUGUGGAGUUAAACCUUAAAUUACACUUGUUCUACAGCAGUAUACAAUAUAAAUUAUGGUACAGAAAUGAAUACACUCAUUUCUCCAAAUCAUACUUUCUUCUGUCAAGUUUGAGAUUCCAUCGAUCUGUUUCAUUCUCAUAUAAAAUAAUACAAUUUUAGUUCAGACUGGAGUUUUAUAACUGAAUUAUCAAAAUAUGGUUUGAGUAAUGUCCGCAUCAUUGUUCAUUGUCUUCCUUUGAUAGCAUGAAAUGAUUUUGAACUCAUCAAUGCUGUACAUUAGCUGGUGUGAAUUAUCUGGAAAUAUUCUUUUCUCAGAUACAAACAUCUCUAUGGGAAUAAAAAAAUAAUUUUUAUUAAUGUAAUAAGAGAGUGCCUAUUGCCCCCAAAGGAUCACAAGUUUCCCAUUUCCAUCCUCCAAUCUGUAUUAAACCAAGAACUGCUGCUUGGAUUUCUAUAGUGUUUGAUGAAUUUCUUACAAACCAUUUUACAACGUUUUCUUUUGAAAAAUCACACCCAUCUUUCCAGAUACUGUCUUCUACUAAAAGAAUGCCAUUUUUAUAUUUUAUACCAUCAAUUUGUUAUUUAUUCUGGUUUAUUCAAAUGAUUGCAAUAAUGACGAUUCAUUCAUUACUGUUAAGGUUAAUAUUUGAGAUCUUGUUUAAAACCUUGUUUCUUCUGCAACUGGCUACUCCUCUUAUAUUAAUGCAUACACUUUUGUAAAGAAGUCUAUUUUUAUGAAAAAAAAGGGGAUUUGUAAAAGUAUGAUGUAAAUUUUCAGUGCAAUGUAAACAAAUAAAAACGGAUAAUUGCUUUUGUAA